UACAUGGGCAAUUUCUGAACUGUGUGUGUGUGCUGCCGGCUGGAAUUUCGCCCUCUGACGUCACUGCCUGUUACUCUCCCAGAUUUGGGAAAAAGAAGUUUCAGUUUAAGUGGGGAUUUCAACUCUGUGAUUCCUAGAAAGCGAGAUUUGUGAUUUUCUGGUGAUUCAUUCCUGCCCCUGUCUGUUUGCUAAAAAGAUCAGAUUUUUUGAUACAGAACCAUGUGGGGCGACCAGAAUGAUGGUGACCAGCAAGGUCAUGUGAGUGCACGCAUGGAGACCAGUUUACCCAUGGGUACCACCAGCAUUUCUGUAUCCCAGCAACAGUCUCCUAAGAAGUUCGCUCCUGUUGUGGCUCCCAAGCCCAAGUUUAACCCUUAUAAACCAUUUGGGGAUGGACACGAGGGAGCUGAGGACUAUCCCCCACCUCCUCCACCUGCCAUGGAAACCCACGGGGUCGCGUCCCUCUCCAGCUUCCCACCCCCUCCACCCAUGGAAGACUCUUUUGGCUUUCAGAUAAAGGGACCUGGGAAAACUUUAGAAGAAAGGCGUUCCAGUCUGGAUGCUGAGAUUGACUCUCUUACCAGCAUCCUCGCUGACCUAGAGAGCAGCUCCCCAUACAAACCACGAGUGCCGCAGAAUUCUGCAAGCCCAGCUGCAACAGGCUCCAGUGCUCCCGUUACUGGCUAUAGGCGCAUGGUCAUUCCACAACAGCCUCCUUUAACUGCCACCAAAAAAUCCACCCCGAAACCACAGGCCUCUCCAAACGCCGCCCCUCCAGCGACUUCCACUCUUCCACGUCCUCAGUACCAGCCCACUCCCCAACCUGUCCCAGCCUCCUACACCACUGCUUCUACCCCGAGCCAACCCACCUUCAAUGUUCAGGUCAGGGCUGCUCAGCCCGGACCGCAGCAGCAGCCCGUCCGCAGCCCGGCCCAGGUUCAGUACAUGCCAGCUCAACCCAGAGGUCCUGACUUUGCAUAUGGUCCUCCGCAGCCAGGAUUCUGCCCAGCUCCGUCUGGAAGCUACCAAGAUCAGCACUAUGGUGGAGCUCCUGGUUAUGGAGGUCAAAACACUUGGAGAGCUGAGCCAAGUCACCAUGCUCCUCCGGUCAACCAGGGAUACCAGCCUAAUCCCCCCAAGAAAACCUACAUCACUGACCCUCCUGCCAGCCUGGCACCUUUCGGUGGUGGGCCUUCUGCACCUGCUAAGGGUCGUCCUGAGGAGGAACUGGACCGUCUGACUAAGAAGAUGUUGUUUGACAUGGAAAACCCUCCAUCUCAGGAAUAUUUUGGUCGGUGUGCAAGCUGUGGAGAGAAUGUUGUGGGUGAAGGGACGGGUUGUACCGCCAUGGACCAGGUGUUCCACGUGAACUGCUUCGCAUGCAUGACCUGUGGCUCUAAGCUCAGAGGGAAGCCUUUUUAUGCUGUGGAGAAGAAGGCUUAUUGCGAACCCUGCUACAUUAACACUCUGGAGACCUGCAACAUUUGUAGUAAGCCCAUAAUGGAGCGUAUCCUACGGGCGACUGGGAAGGCCUAUCAUCCUCAUUGUUUUACCUGCGUGGUGUGUCAUCGAAGUCUGGACGGCAUUCCUUUUACCGUGGACGCCUCCAACCAUAUCCAUUGCAUCGAAGACUUCCACAAGAAAUUUGCUCCACGUUGCUCUGUGUGUAAAGAGGCCAUAAUGCCGGCUCCUGGCCAGGAGGAGACCGUGCGCAUUGUUGCCUUGGACCGUGACUUUCAUGUGCAGUGUUAUCGGUGUGAGGACUGUGGCGGUCUUCUCUCUGAGGGCGAUAAUCAGGGUUGCUACCCUCUGGAUGGACACGUUCUCUGCAAAAACUGCAACACCAGUCGCAUCCAGGCCCUCACUGCCAAGGCCACGACUGACCUCUGAGUCACACGCAUACAGGAUAUGCGCGCAGAUUUCUAAUAUCCCUGCAGAUGCCGAGAAUCACCAUAUCCUGUCACGUCACUGCACACACAUAUUUAUGCCACGAAAUACCAAAUACACAUGCACGCAAAAAUCUGUCAUUCCACUUAAAAGGCCGACAUCUCGUAUUGAAAUUGCACUCAUUUAUUCGGAGUAAAAGUAUCCCUUUGUAUUAGCAGAUGUGUAUUCAUUGAGGCUGCUUUCGAGCAUGUUACAUAUAUAGAGCUAGGCAGUGUUUUAAAUGCUUACUUAUGCAAGAUUCUUUAACUUUAAGAUUUUCCCAGAGCUGUGGCUUGUUGCGAAUCAUUGAAAAUCAUUGAGUCUACCUCUGAAAAGGGACCAUUCUGUCCAGUCACUAUGCAUUCCAUACAGUAUGUAUCCCACAUGUGAUAAACAGUCGAUUUUAUUAUUGAUCUCUGCAACGUUUUAAAGUUGUAUUGUCACCAUUAGACACAGAAGUGAGAUUUAUUGCAAUGUACGUCCACACUGAGCUACUAAUUAAAACUGUCCACACAAUGUUAUACGCCAUUAUACUAACACACAUUCAUUGAAAUGGCUUUUCAGAGUUUUUUCUAAUAAUAAAGAUGCCAGGAAUUUAUCAUUACCAUUAAAGGUGCACUGUGUAAUUUUUAGAAGGAUCUCUUGACAGAAAUGCAAAAUAAUAUACAAAACUAUAUUAUCAGUUGUGUAUAAAGACCUUUCAUAAUGAACCGUUACGUGUUUAUUGCCUUAGAAUGAGACGUUUUUAUCUACAUAUACAGAGGGUCCCCUUACAUGGAAGUCGCCAUUUUGUGCCUUUUUUGUCUCUGAUGAGAUGUUUGUCCGGUGGCGGCUACUGUUGCUUCUCUAUGUGAUUAAAAACGAGGGGUAAGCAGUGGACUGAGCCAUUGGUUGCAAUCCACCAGCACCUCACCACUAGAUGCCGCUAAAAUUUACACAUUGCACCUUUAAUCUAACACGUUAAAUGUAAAUGUAAUGUUAAAAUGUCCUAACGUCUUAUAAUGGUUAAAACUUUCAUGUUUUUUGCAAGGUACACAACUUUAUUCUCAGCACAGGUAGAGUACAUAUGGUAUAAACACCACAUUUGUUAAUACAAUGGGCCCUAUUUUAACAAUCUAAACGCAUGGUCUGAAGCGCAUGGCACAGGUGCAGUUAGGGCAUGUCCAAAUCUACUUUUUCUAGUUUAAACGCAGAAGAAAUGGUUGACAUGGUCCAAAAGGGUUCAUAAAUCAAGUAAAAAAGAAAUAUAUCUGGGCUUAAAGCUUUUUAUGUAGUUUGGUGUUUUGUUUUUAAUUGUGCUCAGUUAUUGCAUUUAUUUGAAUAUCAUAAGUAACAUUUGGUGGUCUGGAGAAUAAAUGUUUGUAUUGUCAUAAAUGCACAGUGAAUUGUGAAAUACCUACAGUGACUGUCAUAGCAGAGAAUAAUU